UGGUGUUUUGAACAUCCCCUCCAAAGUUUGAUUUGAAGUCUUGAAUUUUCCAGCAGCAAAACGAGGACGUUUGACUGUGUUAUGCAAAUUCAACAAAUACACAGUAGUGUCUCCGCUCCACAGUACUCUGUAUCUGAUCCAUUUAUUAGAGAUCUCUCUUUGCUUUUUCCGCUGCACAAAUUGUUCAAAUUUCUGAGUCUCGCUAUGGCCACCGGAGUCAACAGAAAAAUUUAUGCAGCGUCAGCCCGUUCUCACACCAGGAGGACAAAGAAAACCAGCUCGUUUCAGCUCCCUUCAGGAAUUCUUAGAACAACACUAGCAGUGUUGUUUAUUGGGUUUGUAGCAUGGGCUUAUCAGGCUAAUCGACCUCCUCCUCCCAAGAUAUGUGGCUCUCCUGAUGGACCGCCUGUAACGACAGCAAGAAUCAAACUAAGAGAUGGGAGGUAUUUGGCAUACAGAGAGCAUGGUGUUCCUAAAGACGCAGCCAAGUAUAAAAUCAUCUUCGUCCAUGGUUUUGGUAGUAGCAGUCAUACUUCUCCAGUUGCAGAAAGCCUAUCACCUGCUGUUGUUGAGGACUUGGGGAUCUAUAUUGUAUCUUUUGACAGACCUGGUUACGGGGAAAGUGAUCCUGAUCCAAGUCGAACACUAAAGAGUAUUGCAUUUGAUAUAGAAGAGCUUGCUGAUAAGCUGGGACUAGGGUCCAAAUUUUAUGUAACUGGUCUCUCCAUGGGUGGACAGAUUGUUUGGAACUGCCUUAAGUACAUACCUCAUAGGCUGGCAGGUGCAGCUCUCUUGACCCCAGUUGUGAACUACUGGUGGCGUGGUCUUCCGGAAAACUUAACUACUGAAGCCUAUUACCAACAAAAACUACGAGACCAAUGGGCACUUCGUGUGGCUCACUACACACCAUGGCUAACUUACUGGUGGAACACUCAAAAAUGGUUCCCAGUCGCUAGUGCAAUUGGUGAUGUUCAAGGUGUCCUUUCAAAUCAAGACAAACUGCUUGUAUCUAAAGUAACUAAGAGAAAGAGUCAUGUGGUGCAUGCAAGACAGCAAGGUGAAUUCGAAAGCCUCCACCGGGACAUAAAUAUUGGAUUUGGAAGCUGGGAAUAUAGUCCUUUGGAUCUUGAAAACCCUUUUCCAACUAAUGAAGGUUCUGUCCAUCUUUGGCAAGGAGAUGAGGACUUGUUGGUUCCUGUUACAGUGCAACGGCACAUUGCGCAAAACCUACCAUGGAUUCAAUAUCACGAACUUCCAGGUUCCGGUCACUUGUUCUGUCUUGGAGAUGGUAUUAGUGAUACUAUUAUUAAGUCCCUUUUAGGUGUGAAGUAAGCUUCUUUAUUGAUCACUUUCUGCUAUCUCAGAUCAGCUUCGACAUUUAAUAUCUUUGUUUUGGAGAAUUCAAACUGUUGUUGAUCUCGACAUGUAUGAUAAACCCAUUGAAUCACAUUGAGUACAUUUAACUGUACUUAAGAAUUAAAUUUGAGCUUUGCUGUUUUAUUUGUAAAUUUAUUUAACAGAAGAUGCAAAGUUUCUCUAUAGCCUCAUUUUGUUACUCUCAAAAUGACAUGAUGACUGUGAUGAUGGCCAUGUUCGGUUAUCUACGAUAUGAACUUCCUCAAACAUGUAAUUUAUAUGCAGCAAGGAUCAAGUUUUUGUAGGGUUAUAAAUAUGCAUAUUCUUGCUUUGAAUUU